AUGGAAGGCGACGGGGUUCCGCGCGCGCGCUCGGCCACCUCCCGGGGCCUCCCGGGGCCUCCUCUGCUGGCGGUGCUGCUGCUGCUGCUCUGCGGUCCGGGCCUGGGAGAGCCGCGCGCCCCGCCGGAAAAGAUUGCUAUUAUUGGAGCUGGAAUUGGUGGCACUUCAGUGUCGUACUACCUACGGCAGAAAUUUGGGAAAGAAGUGAAGAUUGAUGUGUUUGAGAAAGGAAAGGUUGGAGGCCGUCUGGCUACUAUCAACAUGAAAGGCCAAGACUACGAGUCCGGAGGUUCUGUCAUACAUCCCUUAAAUCUGCACAUGAAGCGCUUUGUCAAGGAACUGGAUCUCCCCACUGUUCAGUGUAUUGAUGGCCUCAUGGGUAUUCAUAAUGGAGAGCAUCUUGUAUUUGAAGAGAGCAGCUGGUUCAUCAUUAACAUGAUUAAGCUUGUCUGGCAUUAUGGAUUUCAGUUCCUUCGGAUGCAUAUGUGGAUGGAAGAUAUCUUUGACAAGUUUAUGAGGAUUUACCGCUAUCAGUCCCAUGACUACUCUUUUAGUAGCGUGGAAGGCUUGAUGCAUGCCCUAGGAGGGGACGAAUUCACUGGAAUGCUCAACCGGACCAUUCUCCAGUCUAUGCAGAAAGCAGGCUUCUCAGAGAAAUUUCUCAAUGAAAUUGUUACUCCCGUCAUGAGGUUCAAUUAUGGCCAGAACACAGGCAUCAAUGGCUUUGUAGGUGCAGUGUCCUUGGCAGGUAUAGAUUCUGGCCUGUGGGCUGUGGAAGGUGGUAAUAAACGUGUUUGUGAAGAGCUCCUUAAGUUUUCCAAAGCUUCGCUUAUCUCUGGCUCAGUUAUACACAUAGAGGAGAAAGCUAGAAACAUGCAGACAGGAGGACCCAAGAAGGCAUAUGAAGUCACCUAUAAAACAGAUUCAGGGAUAAACACAGACCUCUACAACAUUGUCAUGGUGGCUACUCCACUGACCAGCAAAACGUCCCGUAUCUCUUUUCUAAACUUUGAUCCACCCAUCCCGGAUUUUCAUCAAUACCACCUCUACCCCUUGGUGACAACUAUUGUUCGUGGGCGAUUGAAUCCACCUUUCUUUGGCUUAUCGGCAACUGACAGUGUGGGCCUUUCUGACAUCCUCACCACUGACAACCCAAAUUCCUUUGUUUACAGCAUCUCAAUGGUGACCCCAGUAAAAAAAGAGGCCAAUCUUCAAUCUAAGCCAGCAACCGAUUCAGCUGUUUGGAAAAUCUUUUCCUCAGGAUCUCUUACCAAGGAGCAGCUUAAUUUGCUGUUUGCAUCUCAUGAUUCUGUAGAGGAGCAGGAGUGGCUUGCAUACCCUCAGUAUAACCCUCCAGAGAAGUGCCCUCCCAUCGUACUCCAUGAUCACAUAUACUAUCUCAAUAGCAUAGAGUGGGCAGCAAGUGCUAUGGAAAUGGGUGCCAUUGCAGCCCAUAAUGCAGCGCUCCUUGCCUACCACCGUUGGUAUGGGAGUACGGAGAUGAUUGACCAAGAAGGAUUGUAUGAGAAACUGAAAACCGAGCUUUGAAGUGUCACCAACAUCCUUUUCUCCCUCCUUCCUCUCGUGCUCCCAAAUGAAAUCCCAAGAUGACAAGAAGGGUCGAGUGCCUGUGAGACAGGGAUGUUGGCAUUGGAUUAGAUAUAGUUGAUUUGUCAUUAUCCUUAGUUGAACCAAAGUAAUCAGUGGUGGGUUUGAAGGAGGUAGAGGGUUCAGUCAAGGAUGAAUAUAUAACCACAUAAUUCUGUCUUUAAAUCUACUGUGUAAAUCUUUGAGGACCUUUUUCAGUUUAGGCUGAAACUAGGUACAAAAGUAAGGAAUUCGAUAUAUCAGAUGUUUGUUAUCAAUUAAUUUGGAACCUUUCCUCACUUUGGAGUAGUCGUCACUGGUUUUGUGUAAUUUGUUGUGGAGAGAGGAUAGGAGUUGGAGGCAAGAAUUACUAGUUUGUGUGAUCUUGGGCACGAGGCUCUUUUUGAGCCUUAUUUUCCUCAUUUGGCAAAUGAGGGGGCUAGGUGGGAUAGUUAUCUCUAAGGUCCUCUCCUUACUAGUUCUGAGAUUUAUAAUCUAGUACUGAAAGGCUAUCAGUAAUGGAAUAAACUAAUUUUCUUUCUCAGUACUAUACACCCUAUCCCUCUUCCUUGUAAAUGUGCCAUUGCCAAACACCCUUUUUGAAGGCCAAAUUCUCAAUCCUAUCACUCUAUUGUUUUUUUUUUUAAUGAGAAGGCUCAGGUAUUUUUUAAAAUUAUGUUUCCUCUAAGAUACCAAGGCAGACGUCACUAGAGUUCAAUCUUGAAGGAAAACCAAAAGUGAGUAAGGAUUAUUGCCAUUUGGGGAAUUAUUCUCAAAUCCACCUCUAAAGUUGACUGAACCACUAUUUCCCUGUAGUGUUAUUAUUCAGUAUUUAACAGGUUCACUUUCAGAAUGAUUCAUGAAAUUGAAAUUCUUUUAAAAGUACUCUAGAAGUGAAUGCUUCUAAACUGUUGGUCUUGCCUUUAUAUAUUUUUUUAAGUAGGUAGCUAAAUGGGCAUUUUUAAAAGUUCUGCCCAAAUGGAUACUAUCGAAAAAAUCUCAUUUCUACAGCUAGUACUUUGGAGGCAGCCUUCCAUCUGAAGGAUUUGGGUUAAGGCUAGAGCAAGCCCAGCCACAUCUGAAUCAGAUCAGAUUGCAGCAUGGUACAUAAGACAGAAUGUUGGACUUGGAGUAAGAUCUCAGUGUUAAUCCUGCCUCAGAUACUUACUGUGUGUGUCAACCCUUGGGAAGCUAUGUAACCUUUCUGGGCCUCAGUUUAUUUAUAAAGAUGGUACAGUUGGACUCCACACCUUAAGAUCCCCUUCAGCUCUUAAUCCCUAACAAAGGUGUAUUUUUGUAUAGCCCUGGAUAACCUAAUGGGAUUGCUAUGGCCUUCAAAGCUCAGUGGGCAAAUAGAUCAAAAUUAGCCAAUGGGUGAUGUACCCAUAAUAGGCUACUAUGCACCUGGGAAAAAAUAGGUUGUGAAUAGCUUAAGUGUUCAUGUAAAAUCCUGUGAAAUCAACUCCAGAAAUAGUAGAGAAAAAAAAGUGAAAAAAUGUGCAUUAGGAUUCACAUGAAAAAGACAUUCCAUACUAAGUCUCUCUAGCUUUUCUUUAACCUUAGGGUUUGGGAGUGGGGAGAGAACUUUGUAUAAUGAAGUUUGAAAGAGCUGCCACUCAUAUUCUGAGAAGAAAAAUCAUAAAACUCAACUAGAGCCAACUCUCAGUUUACCUACCAUCAGAGGGAAAGAUCAAGUACUUCAUUAGAAUUAAUUAUAUUAAAGAAAACUAGCAAAAAAAACUUAGGUUGUAUAAAAAAAAAUAAUUACUGCUUUAUUACAUUAGGGAAUUUUUAUCCAACAAAGCACUGAGGAGAGCCCUCCAAAGGGUUGUAGAAAUCGAUCCUACCACAGAAGUCAGUUAACUCAAUAAAAUUUUGCCUUUCACAGCUAUGUAUACUGAGCAGUAAUUAGUGGAUGUCACUAUUUAAUAUUCUAUUUGCAAAGCCCUGGGGAUAGGUGAUUGACAUUCUUUAAAGGCAAAUAUUGAGCUUACACAUAAUGUGGUUGUUAAAGGGUGCUGUAUCUGCUUUUAGCAUUCAUAGGCUAAUUAUUAAAAUCAAGAAUUGGUUUAAAGAAAACAUUGUUUCCCCUUUUGUAGAUUCUUCCAGUUGAUGGAUAUAGAGCAUAACAUCCCAAAUGUAUAUGCUGAAGAUUGACUGAUGAGUAAUAUAACAAGAUUUGAGUUAAGAUCAGGCAUAUCAUUAAUACUGCUUUUGGCUACUUUUUCGUUGAGAUAGCGCGCCAAUUGUAAACUUAGACAUUAAGGACGAGCAGGAUCUGCUCUCACUGUUAAUAAAGUUAUGCCAGGGAAGCUAGUUAUCAGUAGAUAACUCUUGCUCAUGAUGCAGUGGGGUCUCAGUAUGUAUUUUUGGAUGAGGGUUUUUUGAAAAGGGUCACCAGUGUUCAAAGGGCUUAACAGCAAAACAGGGUGACUCUGGGUUAAAAGGUUUGUGGGCUGAUUCUUUUUUUCAUGGUGUCUCUUAUUCUGGGUAAUGGUGGGGGUGGAUCAUUUGUGGAAGUGCUGUGUCACCAGAGAACAGGUUUUAUCCCGUUUGAUUGUCAUGCCUCUUACUACACUGUUAAAAGGAUAAGCCUAGGCCAUGUCACUUUUUUCAUAAUUCUAACUCAGGGGCCUAAAUAAUGUAACCUAUAUAUGAAUCCUAGCCUGAGCUUUUAGAGGAAGAAACACUAUACCCUGCUUAACCCUACAAAUGAUUUCCUGUGGAGUUUUUACCUAAUUAAGGCCUGGCUAAGGAUUUAUACCCCCACCCCCCGUAUUUUUUUCUUGCUCACAGUGAACUGAAAAUAAACAAAUAUGCCACUCUG